CUAAAGCUUGUUUUUCUCAGAAGUAAGAAAAAGGGAAGCAGCAUUUCUGAAAAGGGCACAGGACUCCAUCUACUUUAGUUGGCACGGCAGAUCAAGGAAUAUUGAAAUAUGGGAAGAAAUGAAAAGUCUGUAUGCAGCUUCUUAUUAUGUUUCCUGCUGAUCAGAGGUUUGGAAAGCUCGUCGGGGGUCUUGAGCUCCAAUCAUACACACACUAUAGGUUCAGAUACAUCUGUGACUUUCAUUGAAACACAUCAAGGAGUAUAUGAGUAUAUCAGCAAACCUCUUGAUCAGUGGAAUGCUGAGAAGUAUUGUGAGCACAAAUUCGCAUCUCUGCUUUCUGAAGAAAAUGGUAACCUGAAGGUUACUCAAAACCUGCUGCAGUCUAACCUGGUGCAAUUCCCUAUUUGGCUCAAAAAGGCAAAUUCAGCUUCAUCGCGGCCACAGUCUCUCACAGCCUUGUUUUUUAAGAACCAGAGUGACUCUAAGUAUGCAAGAUUACUGGUGAACUUUAAGCCUCUACCAGAAGUUACAGUUUGUGCAUAUAUCCAAUGGGAAGGUACAGACGGAAUUUCUGAAACAAUUUUUUCUUAUGCAGUGCCAACUUUUUUCAAUGAGUUCCAGUUGAGAGGUCUAUUGAAAGAUGGGCAAGUUCAGUUUGCCAUACUAGUUCAUGGUCAACAUACACCAUUCUCACCCAUGUUCAACAUUGAUCGACUCUGGCAUCAUUUCUGUGUUACCUGGAAUACUUUGAAUGGCACAUGGGCUUUGUAUGCUGAUGGACAAAUGAAAGCUACAUCCACCAACAUCUAUGCCUUCCAGGAAAUCAUGAAAGGUGGUAUAUUUAUUGUGGGCCAAGAUCAAGAUACCUUUGGAGGUAGUUUCAAACAGAAAGAUUCAUUCAGCGGUAAUAUUACAUACCUGAAUAUCUGGAGAAAAGUGCUCAAUGAUGAUGAAAUAGAACAGGUCAGAUCAUGCAGUUUUUCAGAAAAAUACAUUAUUUUUAAUUGGAAUACACACAAGUUGGAUAAAGAAACAGCUUUACAAGAAUUUGAUAUUCCAGUGGCUUGUCCGGGACAAUCCAAAGGAUGCCAUAUUUUGCAAGGUGAUGACAAAGGAUUGGAUUACACAUCAUGUGUAAAUGAGUUACCUUUUGUUUGUUACUACACACAAGAUGUAUAUCAGAGAUUAAAACGUAUUGUGAAAGUCAGUCAUGGCGAAGUAUUUUCCAAAAGUGUUAACGCAAUUGUAAAUCAACCAUUGAUUUCUGAAAACUUUCUAACAAGUGGGACACAUCAGUAUAAUAUUUCUGAGGCAACUGCUUAUCUGCGUGCAAUUGAGCAAGUGAUAGAGACCGAAGGGAGUUCUGUGCAGCCAGUUGAUCUUCUUUGUGUCAUCCGUUUUCUAAUGGAAGUUGCUGAUACUGAGGUCCAGGGAGAUCCAGAUUCUCUUGAAGAACUAAGCCACCAUUUUGUUCAAGUCAUUGGAUCUCUUAUUGAUCAGCAUAAUGCAGACCUGUGGUCAGAAGUUAAUUUGAUUGUCAAAGGACCCAUGACGAUUGUUCACAUGGUGGAGAACAUGGUAUCCAAUAUUGUCCAAAUUAUGUCUAGGGAAAGAAAAGAAUUUUCUAUUCAUCAUAGAAACAUUGAAGUUGGAAUCAGACAGGUUGAUCCAGAUGCAAAUAGCCUUGUUUACACAGUGCAGAGUGCUGAAAGAAUGGAUCAAAUUGAAGUACCCAGGGAAGAACUCCAGAAAAUUACAGGUCAAAAAAAAGUUAGUGUCAUGAACACUUGGAUUGACUUUGAAAAUCUUCAACAUCUAUUUCAAGUUUACAACAGUAAUCUUAUUAGUGAAGACUCUGCAGUGUCUGACGGAGGAUACAAGUACAUGAGCACCUCACUGGGAUCGGCAAUAAUAUCUUCCACAGUUUUUGUUGGAAAGCAGAAAGUCAGUACGUCUGUUAAAUACCGUCUGUGGCACAAGAUGAAAUCACUUAACUCUUCAGAGAAGGUGGAACAGAGACCAGUGUGUGUCUUCUGGAAUUUCAGCCUCAGCCCAGAAAAUGGAGGCAGUUGGUCCACCUCUGGAUGCAUUUUAAGAAAAAAACUUCCAGAAACAACUACCUGUUUCUGUAACCACACAACCAACUUUGCUGUUUUGUUGCAAGUUUAUGAAGUUCAGAGAAGCUCAGAAGAAGAAUGGACUUUGAGAACCUUGACAUUUAUUGGAUGUGGAGUGUCUCUCAGUGCUCUGUUGGUGACGUUUGUGCUCUUUCUAGUAGUUGGUGUUCCAAAGUCAGAAAGAACAACAGUCCACAAGAACCUGAUAUUUGCUCUUGCUGCAGCAGAGGCUUUGCUGAUGUGUAGUGAACUGGCAAAAACUAACAAGGUUGUUUGCAUCACUGUUACGGCCUCUCUCCAUCUGUUCUUCAUGGCAGCCUUUGCAUGGAUGUUGGUUGAGGGUCUUUUGUUGUGGAGUAAAGUUGUCGCUGUUAACAUGAGUGAAGAUCGAAGGAUGAGGUUUUAUUACAUCACUGGAUGGGGACUUCCAAUUGUAAUUGUCAGUGUGACUUUGGCAACGUCGUUCAAUAAGUAUGUGGCAGACACUCAUUGCUGGCUGAAUGUGCAGACUGAUAUAAUCUGGGCAUUUGUGGGACCUGUUCUCUUCAUACUUACGGUUAACACAAUUGUACUAUUCAGGGUAGUGAUGGUGACCAUCUCAAGUGCUCGCAGACGCUCCAAGAUGUUGACUCCUAACUGUAGCCUCGAGAAACAGAUUGGGAUACAGGUCUGGGCCACUGCUAAACCCAUCUUGGUGCUUCUUCCUGUACUUGGUCUAACAUGGCUGUGUGGUGUUUUGGUUCACCUUAGCAUAGUGUGGGCAUAUGUCUUCAUUCUCCUGAACGCAUUCCAGGGUUUGUACAUAUUCCUGGUAUAUGCCAUUUACAACAGUGAGGUGAGAAAUGCUAUACAAAGGAUGAAAGAAAAGAAAAAAGCCUUGUCCUUUACGAACUGCUCCCAGCAAACAAACUACUUGUCUAGUCCAAAGAGCACAGUAUGGGAUGCUGGGAAACCGAGCAUUAUUCCACCUUCAAGCAAUUUAUCUGAACCCUUUACAAUAAAGAAAGCCAUUGGCAAAGGAACUAUCACAAACCACCCUGUACACAUAACUUCUAUCUUAUCUUCAGACAAAACAGAUGUUGAACUCACUGCUUUCAAAACAUCAGUUUUUUGAGUCAACACAAAGGACAGCUGCCUUGAUGCUGCAAUCCAUGAAGGACAUUUGUGAAGAAUAAGAUGAUUUGGAAUAAUGUGAAUGAAUUGAAAGAACUACAUGCACUCUUGAAAUUGACUGUUUUUCUAUAAAUAGGUCAUAACAAUGAUUUUGUUUUGUUCAAAAACUGUUCCCG